AUGGAACAGCUGCACGUAAAAGGGUCCGAAGACGGCUCCUUUUGUCUUUCCUCGUCCCGCAUUACCCUGUCCACGGGAGACGUGACGAGCCUGCUCUACAAUGGCGUCGAGUACCAGGGUACGAAUAAAAUGACGCACAUCAACUCUGGCCUGGGCAACUCGCAGGUGACGGCAGAAACAAAGGACGGCUUCGUCAAGAUCACGAUCAAAGCAGGCUCCGAGCCGCUAACGCAGUACCUCGUGGCGAAACCCGACGAUCCAACCAUCUACAUGGCCACGUACAUCACGGGCGAGAUCAAUCCCGGCGAGCUGCGGUGGCUGGCGCGUCUCCGUCGCUCCGCCGUUCCCGAUGGUUGGCAUGGCACGGCGGCGAAUUUGGAUGGCUGCGAGGCGUUCGAGGGCAAGGAUACGUUCAAGUGCCCCAACGGCGAGACGCGGUGCAAGAUGUAUACGGCGGAUAGGUUCAUCGAUGACAUUGUGCACGGUGUCACAGGGCCGAAUGUCGGUAUUUGGAUGAUUAUGCCUGGUGUCGCCUAUGAAUCUUCAGCGAGCGGACCCUUCAUGCGAGACAUCAACUCCCAGAGCGGCGACGACCAGGAGCUCUACUGGUACAUGAACAGCGGCCAUGUCAGGACCGAGCCCUGGAGGUUUGGCCUCAUGGGGCCAUAUGCGAUGCGCUUCACAACUGGUGAGCAGCCCUCGGGCGACGUCGACACGAGCUUCUUCGAGUCCCUCGACAUCCAAGGCUACGUCCCCGCCAGCGGGAGGGGCCACGCCACAGGAGUCGCCGGUGGCGUGCCGGAUGGUUUCGAGGCCGUCGUGCACUGGCACAACGAGGCCGCUCAGUACUGGACCAAGGCCGUCGACGGUAACUACACCUCGCCUCCCAUGAAACCCGGCACCUACAAAGUCAAGCUCUACCGCGGCGAGUACCCCAUCGCCGAGGACACCGUCACGAUCACGGCAGGCCAGAUUGAAACAAAGGACAUCGUUUCCGCAGAGAAGGAGGCUUCUGUCAUCUUCCGCAUCGGCGAUUUCGACGGCCAACCCUUCGAGCUCAGGAACGGCGACAAGAUUGAGCGCAUGCACCCGUCUGACGUGCGCAUGGGCACAUGGGGCGGCACCUAUACCGUCGGCCAGUCCAAGGCGGAGGAUUUCCCCAUGGCUCUGUUUUCCAAGGAGGGCGGCGUGGCCACCGUCAAGUUCAAUUUGCAGGCGGACCAAGUCGCCAACACCGUCCUGCGGGUCAGCACCACGUUAUCUUUCAAGGGCGGACGACCCAAUGUGAAGAUCAACGAGUGGCAGGGAAGCGACCCCGGAGCGCCCGAAUUGAUCGACUCUCGCGGAGUAACGCGAGGGGCUUACCGUGGUUACGGAGAGCAGUACUCGUGGGACGUCCCAGCGUCUGCGCUUAGGACAGGAGAAAAUACUCUUACAGUCGGAGUCUACGGGAAUGGAGACCAAGGAUUCCUGAGCGCCAAUUACGUUGUUGAUGCCAUCGAAUUGCAGGGCCCAGCGGGUCCGGAUAGCCCCGCGGCUUAUGUCUACUAG